GUACUACUGAAAAGGAAGUGUAGUAUACUUUCAUUUUCACAUCACACAGGAGGGUAGGAGAGAAACACCAUGGCUGAUGUGAUCUUGCAGGGAAAAAGGAAGCAAUUUGUUCGUUCAGUUGGCACAGGUACAAUAAAUGGUUUGCUGGAUGAAUUACUAGAGAAAAGAGUGCUGAACAAGGAAGAAGUGGAGAUUGUAAGAUCUGGAAAUGUGAUACUUAUGGAUAAGGCCCGAGCUUUGGUGGAUGCCCUCAUUGGAAAAGGGCCCCAGGCCUGCCAAAUUUGUAUCAGUUACAUCUGUGAAGAAGAUUGCCACCUUGCUGAGACACUGGGGCUCUCCUCAGGUCAACAAACUGACAAUAACCCUCAAGAAGUAUUUUCUUCUUCCUCAGCUUCUCAAGAAGUACAGGUCAACCAAGCUGUGUUCACAUCCCCAAGACCAGUAGGAAACCUUCAGCUUUGCCCUCUGGAAACAGCCAAAAGAAUAUGGAAAGAAAAGUCAGCAGAGAUUUAUCCAAUAAUGGGUAAGUUGACCCGCACACGUCUUGCCCUCAUCAUCUGCAAUACAGAGUUUGACAGUCUGCCCAGAAGGAACGGAGCUGAAGUUGACGUCAGAGAUAUGAAAAUGCUGUUAGAAGGUCUGGGAUACCAAGUGAUUGUGAGAGAAAAUCUCACUGCUUCGGAAAUGGCUACAGAGGUAAAGGCAUUUGCUGCCCAGCCAGAGCACAAGACAUCUGACAGCACUUUCCUGGUGAUCAUGUCUCAUGGUAAUCCAGAUGGCAUCUGUGGAAAGAAACACUCUACAGAAGUCUCAGAUGUAUUGAAAGUCGACAUCAUCUUUUCAGUGUUGAACACUAGGAACUGUCCAAGUUUGAAGGACAAGCCCAAGGUGAUCAUCAUCCAAGCCUGCCGUGGUGAGAACGAAGGAGUGGUGUGGGUAGAGGAUUUGACAGAAGACUCUGGAAACAAAAUUUUAUUCAAUCCAGAAGAUUUUGAGAAUGAUGCCAUUAAGAAAGCCCAUGUAGAGAAGGAUUUUAUUGCUUUCUACUCUACAACACCAGAUGAAACUUUUGAAGAUCAACUCAGUUUUGUUACAUAACACCUCCAGUUGUCAUUCACAAAAAAUAGUGUACAUAUAUUUUCACUGAAUUAAUAAUUGGUAAAAUUUCACCCUGUUGCACAAUAUUUUGUCUUUGAACUUUAAAAGAUAACAGGGAAUUAAAUGAAAAACUAUGUUUAGUGAAGUAAAUUACACUCUGACUUCACAGAAGAAAAUACUCACAAUAUUGUUGCCAAGACAUUAUGCAUUUAUAGAACACUGUGUUGGAGGCAAAGAGGGACAUAAAGGCAAACAAGGCACAUUGAGAUCUUAAAGUGAGUUCUAACUAGAGUUAUGAAGUGUAUAAUAGAAAAUAAAUCUGAAUGAUUCUAAAUGUAACCUAUGGAGUCAGAGUAUUGAAACUAUAUCCUGACAUUUCUAUUUAGGACUUUGUAAACUAGUUUUAGUCAUUUAACCUCACUGGGCUUUCUUUCAAUUACUCACUAAUAUAUGCAAAUAUAAUAUUCUGGUUCUGAGGAUUAAAUAAGAUGAUGUAUGUGAAGUCAUGAGCAUGGUAAAGAGUAAUGCACACAUUAAAUGACUGCUAUUAUCAAAGAGUUUGCAUUUUAUAACAACUCAAUGUACUUUGUUCAUUAAGGUUUUAAAUAAAAGACAUUUGAAUUCUUUUAUCUACUGAAUUUUGCAAUUUGCUGGAGUUCACAUUCUCUUAGUCACCAUGGACCCUAUGGCAUCCUGCUUCUGUUCAAAUAAUUUACAGAUUAUGUUUUCUAAUUAGAUACAUCCCUCUAGAGACAGCCUGGGUCUGCAUUAUGUUGACCAUGUCUAGAUGUAGAGCACAAUACAUUUUCCAAUAAUCAAAAAUAAUGAUACUAUGCAUACUUUCCCAGCUUACUCAGCAGCCUUAAUAUCAGGUAUAAUUGGUUUUUUAAAUCAUUUGAUCCUGGACUUCUAUAAUACAUUCACCACUGGCUACAAACUAGUCUGCAGGUCCCUGACUUCUCAACAGCUGUCCUUCUGAUUUCUGUCUCUUUUACUCUUGUGUUUUUCACCCCUCCAGAUGACUCUUAGAAAUUCCAGUUUAGUUAUCUUCAACUUCACAGUCCCCUGUGUAAAUCCCAAUGAUGUCAUAGUGUUUUCCUGAAGAAAACUGAUCAUCUAAUUUUUGAAUUACACAAAAGACCUGCAGACAUACCUGGCUCCACCUUUUC